GGUUCUGUUCUCGUUGAUUAGCUCUGCUCAACGUUCAAAUCGUUCUCCCAGCAAAUCCCUUUUAGAUCUAAUAUCGAGUAGGUGUUUAUAUUUGUUUGAUAUCCUUGGAAUCAUGGCUACCAGAUUGCAAUUUGAGAAUUCAUGUGAAGUUGGAGUUUUUUCUAAGCUGACCAAUGCUUAUUGCUUGGUCGCCAUUGGAGGUUCUGAGAACUUCUACAGUACGUUUGAGGCAGAAUUGGCUGAUGUAAUUCCGGUAGUGAAGACCGCAAUUGGUGGCACUAGGAUCAUUGGAAGACUUUGUGCUGGAAACAAGAAUGGGCUUCUCUUACCGCAUACUACCACCGAUCAAGAACUUCAGCAUUUGAGGAAUAGUCUACCAGAUUCCGUUGUUGUUCAGCGCAUUGAGGAGAGACUUUCUGCAUUGGGAAACUGCAUUGCCUGCAAUGAUCAUGUUGCACUUACACACACCGAUCUCGACAGGGAAACUGAGGAGAUGAUUGCAGAUGUUCUCGGAGUAGAAGUUUUUAGACAGACAAUUGCUGGAAAUAUUUUGGUGGGCAGCUACUGUGCAUUUUCAAAUAGGGGUGGCCUGGUGCAUCCUCAUACGUCCAUAGAGGACCUAGAUGAACUCUCUACGCUCCUACAGGUUCCACUGGUGGCAGGGACAGCGAAUCGUGGUAGUGAAGUAAUCGCUGCUUGCCUGACAGUUAAUGACUGGACAGCCUUUUGUGGAUCUGACACUACCGCAACAGAAUUGUCUGUUAUAGAGAGCGUUUUCAAGUUAAGAGAAGCUCAACCUAGUGCCAUUGUUGAUGAGAUGAGGAAGUCAUUGAUUGACAGCUAUGUAUGAGCUGCAUGCCCAAGUUGAGUGUAUCAAUGAGUGUCUCUUAUACAGGAAUUAUAGCUCCUGUUCUUACUUACAUUGUAUGUUUUUUCUUUCUCUCUUCUUUUUCCUUUUUUUUUUUUAAUGAUUAUGCUGUCUCCCCUGGUAAAUUACUGUAUUCGUGAGUCAACUACAAUUUUAAGCAAAAGGAAUUCUGUAUUUUGAAAUUGUUUACUUGUCCUGAGUGAUGGCCACUCUGUUCCUCUUGGUGAAUCAUCAUGUUUGUGUGUGUGUGUGUUUUCUUUAUUGUUUAAGCAUUCUGGGUUUGUACGUUUAA